AUGUGCAGCGCGGUCGGAAAGCACAUGAAGGCGUAUGACUCACAGUUGAAUAUGACAAUGACACACAUCAACGAGUCAAACUCAACUACUUCAGCCAACAUAAUUAAACACUUGGACGAACGGCUAAAUUGCCUUAGGAACGACCUUGCAACACCAAUGAAGGAAGCGGAGCAGGAAAUUCCCCAAGGGACGGACAGCAGCAUUCUUCAUAUACUUGAGGAGGUAAAAUUAGUGUCAGAAGCUAUUUCCAACUUCCAGAUGAAAUCUCAAGAAGUCAUAAUACCUCAUCAGACGCUGGAAAAAGAAUUAGCUGAAGUCAGCCAAAAAAGCGCUCUUCCUAAAAAUGACCAUACAUCCCCUGGAUGGAGAUUUUUGGGCAACAAAUGGCACUGGAAGCUUGACUGGACACAAUUUGAUGCUAAACAACGCUCUCGUAGAAUCCAAGAAAAAGCUGCUGAAAAAUCUCGUCGAAAGAAACACAACAACAAAAACAGCACGAACAACAACAAUAUCAACAGCAACUACAACACGAACAACAAAAGCAACAACAAUAUCAAGCACAACGUUACUCACAUCAAUAACAGGAACAACAACAAUAACAACAACAGCAACAGAAACAAAAACCAUAGAAACAGCAGCAACCAUCCACAACUACCACUAGACAAAAACUUACUGGCUAUGGCGAAAACGCAAUUUUCUGGUCCACCAUCAUCCAUCGAACAUCCUAUUGCGGGCCUUUCAACGACCACAUCAAAAGCACGGUUCAUCAGCUUCAAAAAAGGAGAGACAAUCAACGCAGAUCACUCUAACGUCAUGAGGCAUAAAGACCACGAAUCCAAGGAAUUGAACAAUUCAUUACCACAAAUCAAUGACGGCAGCCAAUUCGAACUAGAUCCUUUACGUCCUCCCAUUGUCCGCCUCACUGAACAAUCGGUGGAAGGAGACGGUCGUUUUUUGAAGGCAAGACUACGUGACCCAAAAAUCAUGAAAGUGGUCCGUAUGUAUCUUGCAUUCCUAAAGGACCAGCCGGCAACUGUCUGUAUUGAAGGAAUGACGUCGACGAGCAUCAAAAUGAUGCUAGCAUCGGAGGGCCUACCUACUGCUCCUGACCACCUGCAGCGCAUCUUUACAGAAGUACAUCAGGAGUUCGGGGUGGGCGCGACAGACGCUGUUGCUGAUCUACAAUCCUAUCAGCGAUUUUUGACCAGCGAGCGGACUCAUCGUCUACAACAACUUCGCGAAAGCACCAAUAAGUUCCACACUCUCCCUUCAAAUUUUCGCAAGUAA